GGCGGUGCCGGGGUGUCCGGAGGGUGCUGCCCCAGCCCUGGACGCGCUCGAAGGUUGGACCUGGCUCGGUGGGAGUUGUCCCCGCACAUGGCAGGGGGUGGGACUGGCUGAGCUCUAAGGUCCAUUCCAAAGCCUUAGCACUCCAUGAUUGUGUGAUACGGUCUCUGCGAUGUCUCCAGCCAAGCUGGGCGCUGCCCGCGGGACCACCGGAGCCCCGGGCUGCUUGCGCUGAGCCGGGAGGAGCCCGGCGCGCCCGGGGCCGGGGGGAGGCGGCCGCGCAUGUGCCGGCCGUGCCCCCCGCCCGGGCUCCUCCAGCAUCCUCGGCAUCCUCCUUGGCAUCCUCCUCCUCGGCAUCCUCCUCCUCGGCAUCCUCCCCGCCGGGCUCUGAACCCCGCAGCCCGCGCAACAAAGGCGCCGCGGCCGCGCCCCGCGGAGCCGCUCCCGGAGCGGGGCACCUGCUGCUGCUGCUGCUGCUGCUGCUGCUGCUGCUGCCGCUGCUGCUGCUGCUGCUGCUGCCGCUGCUGCCGCUGCUGAUCCAGCUCUGCUCCCGCUCCGCUCCGCCCGCGCCCUGCGCAGCGCCGGCCGCGCCCGCGGAGCCCCGGAGCCGGAGGAGCCGGCGGAGCUGUCCAGGCUCGGGCUCACUCCGGGCUCUGCCUGUCCGGGCUCUGCCUGUCCGGGCUCUGUUCGUCUGUCCGGGCUCUGUCCGUCUGUCGGGGCUCAGGCUCUGUCCGUGGUGCUGCCGCCCCCGCGGCCCCGCGCAGCCCCCGGACCGCGCCCGCCCCGCCGCUGCCGGCCCGGCCUCCUGUUGCUCCGGGAGCGAGGAGCGGAGAGCGCCGUGCGAGGAGCCCGAGCCGCGCCGGCUGCGAACAAUGGCUGCGCUGCCGGGGAUGCUGUGCGCGGCCGCGCUCGCCCUGCUGCUCUGGGCUGGAUUGUGCUCCUCAGUGUGUGUGGAAGUCCCAUCUGAGACAGAGGCUGUCCAGGGGAUGGACAUGAAGCUGCUCUGCAUCUCCUGCAUGAAGAGGGAAGAGGUGACGGCCAGCACGGUGGUGGAAUGGUUCUACAGGCCUGAGGGGGGAAAGGAUGAGCCUAUCUACGAGUACAGGAAAACAAACCACGAGUUCCCGAGCCGCUUCAGCGGGCGCAUCCAGUGGAACGGGAGCAAAGACAUGCAGGAUGUGUCCAUCACCGUGCAGAACAUCACCCUCAACGACUCGGGCAUCUACACCUGCAACAUCACCCGCGAGUUCGAGUUCGAGAUCCACCGGCCCCUCUUCCAGAGCUCCCGCCUGAUCCACCUCACCGUGGUGGAGGAGGCUGGAGAAGACUUCACCUCUGUUAUCUCAGAAAUUAUGAUGUACAUUCUGCUGGUGUUCCUCACGCUGUGGCUGCUGAUUGAGAUGGUCUAUUGCUACAGGAAGGUCUCCAAGGCAGAGGAGGCUGCGCAGGAAAACGCGACAGACUAUCUCGCGAUUCCGUCGGAAAACAAGGAGAACUGUGCUGUGCCUGUGGAGGAGUAGCAGGGAGGAGGCAGCGGAGCGAACGGCACCAAGGGGCUCUGAAGGCAGAAGGACCGUGCCAGGUUUGAGGGGGAGCUCUGCGCCGUCGGGAGGAACACGGGGAGGUGUAAAUUCUCUUCCAUUUGCCUCGGACUCUGUACAGCCUUGACUUUGGUCCCGUGAGCCCUGCCAGCCCGAAGGACUCCCCGGUGGAAGCAUGCUGAGCAAACGGCUCAGGGCUGUGGGCAGCACGGCUCCUUCCCCAGUUUCUGUUCCAUCAUCACCUCAAUGGCUUUGUAAAUGUUACCUGUCACUUCUUAGCUGCUCUCACCACCACCUUUAUUUGCUAAAUGUGCUAAUUCUCCAUUGCAGAGGUCUGGGAUAUGUAUGGCACAUUGCUCCGAGCUGCAGGACUGUGAACAAGGCUCUCCUAGGGGGUUAUUCCACCACAUAAUGUGGCCCAACCAGGUUUUUUGGUGUUAAAACAGGAAGAAUUUAAUCAAUUAAUGAAGUCACUCUGAAUUUUAGGCUGUCCAUGCUCAAGCAGAGUAGGGUGAGGACUGUAAUGCACUAAAACUGGAAAUGCAGAGUAGGAAGGACAGGUCCCUGUGCCAUGCUUACACUUCCUUCUGGAGGGAAUUGAGAAUACAGAUCCUGAUGGGAAGCAGGAUGAUGUGAGUACACGAAUCCCCUCUAUCCCUCUCAUUUAUCAAAACCCUCAUCCCCUUCCACCUGCCUGGCACAGCAGGUUUGCUCCUGGAGUGCACAGUGGGAGGAGGAACCUGCACAGCCACGUCCUGCAGCAGCUGCCAGGCAGCAGGACGAGGUACAGGAUCCAGCUUUUCCUGGGAAACCCCAAAAAGGAAGGCAGCCUCAUGCUGGUAGGCAGGAGGAAUAAAUAGGAUGCAAAGCCCUCACAGGAUGGCAGCCCGGUAAAAUGGUUGCAGUUUUAUAACUGUGAUGGUUCUCUGGUGCUGGAGCAGCACCAUCUAGAGGGGUAGACAGAAAACACCCACUGUUCCCAGUUAAUCCUAAUUCUCUCUUGAGGUAAUUAAUCACCAGUAUAAAUAGUCUGGAUUUAUCCUAAAUGAUCCUCUGUUGCCCAGGAAAUUCCAUCUUUCCCAUGCAAAUUUACCUUUUCUGAGGGUUAAGCUGAGUAAAAAUUGUUUUCUGCCCUUCAGUGCAGAUCAGUUGAGCUCAACAGCUGAGAUUGGAAGGGGGCAAAGGCACAAACAUUGGCCAGGGUGGAGCUGUGCUGUAAAACCAGCUGGGGAAGGUUUGGGUUUGUUGCAUGGCAGAGUUGUGACAUCCCUGCUGCAAUGGAGCCUGUGCUGCUUUGCCAGAGUUGCCAAAUUCUGCUCCAUUGACUGCUUGUAAGUAGUUCCAAAGCGCUUGUGACUCCAGGCAUGCUCCCCACCCACGGAAUCCCCUCUGCUUUGUUCUGCUGCUUUUUAUGUGUUCACUAAAAAUCACGGGAAUUGCCCUGUUUGUAAGUCAGGCCCAGGCCAGAUUUCCAACUGGCACUUGUUCAAAACCCUUUUUUUAGAGUGGGUGUCUUUAGUAAAAGACUCCAGUGCAGUCUUGGUAGUAGGAUUGCUCCCAAAUCCAGAGCCAAGCCUGGCAAGGGGAGCACAUUUUCCACAUGAAGCACUCUCGUAGUCUGGGCACCAGUUCCCAAAAAACUGAUGUCCAAAAGGGAUAUCCAGAAGAAUAUCCGAGCUGCUCCUCUGAAUCCAGCUGGAUGUCAUCCUUUUCCCUGUCCCAGUUUGCCUGGCAGAAUCCUGAACUCAACAGAGGGACUGGGUUGGAACUCUGGAGUUUCCAGCACGGCUUGGAGCCCAUGGUGAAUUUUAGGACACCUCUCUCCCACUUCAGCUCUGCUCCUCAGUCCCUGUGAACCACGGAUCACCCUCCGGUGUCCUACUGUUAAAUCAAAAAAGGAGUGGACCCAAGAACUUCUUGAGAGCUACCUCAGGUGGUAAAGAAGGGCCGUCCCCUUGUCCUGCACCUUCCUGUAUCCCACAGGCAUCUUCUGCAGAUGCUCUUUUUUUUUUUUUUUUGGACAAAUCUUCCACUUUUCCAGUUCCUGCAGGCAGAGGUGACCACUGCCACGUGGUGCUCCAAGCAGGAGGAAACGGGGUGCAAAUUUCUGCUCAAGAAUCUUGCAGAACAAAGUAAAAAGAAUUA